AUGGCAAUUUUUAGAGAUUUAUUAGGAAAAACGCUAUCCAAUACCUCAGUGAAGUUGAUUAUUAUUAUAAUUUACACAAUUAAUUUAUCGUUUGGAAUAUGGGGUACAUUUCACAUCGAACAUGGUAUUAAAUAUGAGAGUCUAUUUCCAAAAGAUUCUCUUAUUACACGAGGUUUUCGAAUUAAUUACAACUACUUUACCCGUUACUCCUAUCCUUUUCAGAUAAUUAUUAAUGAAACGUUGGAUUACUCAGAUAUAAAAGUACAAAUGUCGAUAGAAACUGUGUUGACUAAAUUCGAGAAUCAUCCAAAUAUUGCUGGAAAAGAAUUUACUGUGUCUUGGUUGAAAUUCUACAAAGAAUUUCAGAAAAGUCCGGUAGCAAAAUUUUCAUUGCAAGGUUACAAUAUGUCAAACAAGCAAGACUUUAUCGAUGGACUUCGCGAUGUGUUCUUUAAUAUCCGAGCAGCCCAGUCUCUCUCGAAUGAUGUCGUUUUUAACAGUAACAAUACCGACAUCUUAUACAGUAGGUUUUUUAUUAUGGGAAAGAAUUUGAAUUCUUCACACUCAGAAAGAGAGACAUUAAAAGAUUUAUUGAAAAUUGCCGAUGAAUCCGACAUUCCUGUACUAGUGCAUUGUGUUAAGUCAGGUAUGAUUGAACAAGGAAUCAUCAUUGGACAAAUGAUUAAACAAUUAUUUUGGAUUACUGCUGUGCUAAUAACAGUAAUAUUUCUAUUGUUUGUACCGAAUUUAUUAAUCGCAAUUAUUGUUGCAAUAUCUGUCGUAUCUGCAAUGAUAGAAACUUUAGGUUAUAUGUCUUUAUGGGGAGUCAACUUGGAUAUUAUAUCAAUGAUCAGCCUUAUUCUGUGUGUGGGAUUCAGCGUGAAUUAUCCUACUCAUGUUUCGUAUGCUUAUGUCAUGUCAGCAAGCAAAACACCAAACGAAAAAUUAAAAGAUUCUCUAUAUCGUAUAGGCUUUCCAAUACUCCAAGGAUCAUUGACCACGGGAUUAGGAAUAUUGAUUUUAUAUUCUGAUGAAAUGAUUAUUUCAUUGGUGUUAACAUUUUAUCGUAAUUUUCAUGUUACUUAA